AUGGGGAAGGCGAACGGCGUCGGCGUCGGCGGCGCCGUCGACGCGGAUGUGUCGGCGGUUGGGGCGCUGGUGUGGGUGCGCCGCCCCAACGGGUCGUGGUGGCCCGGCAGGGUGGCCUCGCGCCUCGAGCUCCCCGACGGCUGCCCCGCGCCGCCCCGCUCGCCGGCCACCCCCAUCCUGCUCCUCGGCCGCCGCGACGGCCCCGCCUUAGUCGAGUGGUGCAACCUGGAGAGGAGCAAGCGCGUGAAGCCCUUCCGAUGCGGGGAGGCGGACCUGGACGACCUCAUCCGCAGGGCCGAGGAGCAGGCGGCGCGCCGCCGCAGGGCCAGCGCCGCCAGGAACGCCCGCAAGGAGGACGCCGUGCUCCAGGCCCUCGACAUCGAGCGGGCCCGCCUCCGCCUCCGCCCCAGGCCACCAAGCACCACCCCCUCCUGCCCGCCGCCGCCGCCGCCGCCGCCGCCGCCCAGGAAGCGCAAGACGCCCAACGACUCCGAGGACGACGCGCCCGCCGCCAGGCGCAUGAGGGACCUCACCGACAUCGGAUCCCCCACGAAGCCCACCACCGGCCAGAUGACAAGGAGCAGGCAGGCUCACCACGAUGCCGCCGCCGCCGCCGCCGCCAAGAGGAGCAAGCUGCCUCCUACCGUGGACCAGGUGGACAACAACCUGCCCUGCGGGGCCUUGAGGAAGAAGGACAGGUCCCGCCCGCUCUCAGAGCUCUGCAACGGGGUCAAGCCCAGCAAUGGCUUGGAUACGACGCUGGAUAAGUUCAAGCCGGAGCAAACAAAUGGUGUCAGCGGAGCCUCCUGCGUCCCGAGGCCACUCGAUGAUGUGUUCCCCCGUGGUCCUGGGGAUCAACCUGUCAAUGCCCCCAUAGUCGCCGCCGCCGCUGCCGCCGCCACGAGCAUCUUGAAAGCAGAUCAUUUGCACGCCCACCAACCAUGUGCCCCAACGAAGGCUCCUCCUACCUUGGAAUGCACCAAGCGGGCUUCGAACUGCAGCAAAGAUGGCAUGUCUUUGCAAUGUGACAGCAGAAAUCCCAAGAAGAAAACCAUGAGCUCUGCUGAGCAUGAGGGCGGCGGCAGGACCAGGAGAAGGACAACGAAGCACAAAGCGGCACCAAUCAACGAGGUUAUCCUUUUGAAGAGAAGGACGGUGAAGAGUGCCGCCGCACCUGAUGAGGAUGAUAAAAGCCUUGUUGUGAUGCUCCCUGAUGCUCUUGUCCAUGCGGCUCUGCGGCAGCGGUCUGAAAUCAAGUGCGAGCCUGAAGAGCCCUCUGGAACUAUAGGCAGGCAUCAUUCAAACGGCAAGACCGGUUCAGUACCACCUGUGGUGUCGAAGCCGGUGCUGCCCCAGCGCAGAGAUCUUAGAUGCCAUGUUGCUGUGAAGCCGACCAAGACCCUGCAGCUGAACCCGUCCCUGUACGACGUGGAAAUAAGCAGCGGGCCGGGAUGCGGCGGGGGCAGCAAGGGGCGGCACGUGCCCCUCGUGUCCCUGAUGAGCAGGUCGAGCAGGAGGCCCGUGGUUGGGUACCCGGUGUCCGUGGAGGUGCUGGAUGCCGCGUGCUGCCACCCUCCCGCCCCGAGCGUUGACGGGGUGCCGGACGCCGCCCGCCGCCACCCUCCUGCCCCGAGCGUCGACGGUGUACGGGACGCCGUGCGCUGCCACCCUCCUGCCCCGAGCGUCGCCGGGGUGCUGGACGCCACAUGCCGCCACCCACCUGCCCCGAGUGUCGACAGGGCGCCGGACGCCGCGCGCCGUCACCCUCCAGCCCCGAGCGUUGAUGGGGUACGGUACGCCGCGCGGCGCCACCCUCCCGCCCCGGGCGUCGGCGGCGUCGACCACCCGCCCUCCACGAGCAGCGGCGCCCACAGGCUAGUGAAGGUGAAGGAGGAGGUGGAGGAGGAAGCCCCGCAGCGCGCUGUGCCGGCGUCGGCGCAGAGGGCGCGGGCGAGGCACAGCCGCCGGAAGGCCUCGGAGGACGAGCUGUGGCGGCCGCACAGCAAGGAGGAGGAGGUAGGUGCGGCCCCGCGGCCAGCGCGGGCGAGGAGGAGCGUGCGCAGGAAGGUGGCGUCGGAGGACGACGAGUUGUGGCGGCCGCACAGCAAGAAGCCGGCUGUGGCGGUGGCGUCCCCAAGGAAGAUGCGGAGGCUGUCGUCCCUGGGCGCUCCGAGCCAGCGAGGAGGGGGUGAGGAGGCGAGGAGGAGGAGGAGUAAGGGGCCGGGGGCGGGGCAGCUGGUGGUGGCGUGCGUGCCGGUGCGCGUGGUGUUCAGCCGGAUCAAGGAGGCGCUGCUGAGCCAGCCGCUCAAGUUGAAAUCAAAAUGA